AUCUACGAUGGGCGACAAACAAGCGGCUACGGAGAAAGAGCUGUUAAUAGCUAUAAAGGACCUGCUGAAGAAAAGCGGUCAUUUAAAUAAAUUGCAGGCGGAGGUACGAACAAAAGUGACCGAAGCACUCCAAGAGCGUCGAAUCGUCACCUCAUCAAACGACCAAAAGAACGGACCACCACUUCCUACAGAUGAAGUAUUACUCGUCAACGAACUUGUUAGGGAAUAUCUAGAGUGGAAUGGAUACCUCUACACUUCAUCUGUGAUGUCAUCAGAGGCCGCUUUACCAACUGAAAAGAAAACCAGAGGGCAACUUUGCACCGAAGUCGGUGUACGAGAUGAUGAAAAGUCAUCUGCUCUCCCCCUGCUAUCUAAUAUUGUUGCCGCUUACACCGAAAGGAUUAAACGGAAGAUUAGUAAGAUCAACAAAAAAGAUGGGUAGGUUAUUGUUCCAAUUGACUUUAUGUUUUCGUAUGACGUACC